AUGCCCCCAACGCCGGGCAACAAGCGCCCCUUACCUUUUAUCGGGAACAAGCUCGAGAUUCCAAAGGAGAAGAGUUGGAUUGCAUUUAGGAAGUGGAAUGAAGAGUACGGACCGAUUCUGACCGUGUGGAAUGGGACGACCCCCACGAUUUUGAUUGGGGAUCCCGAGAUUGCAGUCGAAUUGAUGGAGAAGAGGAGCACCAAGUAUAGCUCCAGGCCUAGGUUUGUUGUCGCUGGCGAUUUGCUAACGGAAAAUCGAACCAUCUUGUUUGCACCAUAUGGUGAACGCUGGCGGGCGUACCGCAAGGCAUUACAUCUUGCCACGAUGCCGAAGAGUGUAGAUACCUACCGGCCGAUAAUGGAAAUGGAAGGCAAAGUUUUGGCCAACGACAUCCUCACGAACCCGAGCAACUGGUACACCGCCUCCUCCGUAGUAGCGAUUGCGUACGGGCGCAGGGUGCUCGACAUCCAUACCGAUAGCGCCUACCAGAAGCUCGCGCGCAACAUCGACUUCCUCACGAGCAUUAACGUCCCCGGCGCGCAAUGGCACGAGACGUUCCCCGCACUGCGCUUCCUACCGUCGUUCUUGAACCCGAUCAAGAAGGCGGCGAUCGGGUUUAGGGAACAAGGCCGCCAGAACCUACGCUCGCUUGUGGAGGAGGUGCGCAAGAAGAUGCAGCAGGGCGUCGCGCCGCACAGUUAUGCGAAGCUUCUGAUCGAGAAUCGCGACAAGUAUGCGGAUCUCGACGAGGUCGAGUUCAACGGCCAGCCGGGUUCACUAUUCGGCGCGGGGGUAGACACAACCUCCGCCACCCUGCAAAGUUUGGUCCUCGCGCUCGUGCUACACCCAGAGGUGCAGAGGAAGGCCCACGAGGAGCUCGACCGCCACGUCGGGUCGCACAGGAGCCCGACCUGGGACGACGAGGACCAGUUGGUGUACGUUCAGGCGAUAAUCAAGGAAAUUUUGCGCUGGAGACCGGUGGCCAUUUUGGGCGGCACCCCUCACGCCUCCACCGAAGAUGACAUUUUCGAGUGGGAGGGCAAGCAGUACUUCAUCCCGAAGGGCGCUAUCAUCUUAGGAAACCUAUGGAGCAUACACAUGAAUCCGAAGACGUACGAGAGCCCCGAGGAAUUCAGGCCGGAGCGAUUCUUGGGUGACCGUCAAUACCCGGGUACGGGAGGCAAGGGCCACUCAUCGUUCGGCUGGGGUCGCCGUGUUUGCCCCGGCGCGUACUUUGCCGAACGCUCGCUGUAUCUGACCGCAACCCGCCUCCUCUGGGCGUUUAACUUCUCCAAGGCUACUAACCCUAUAACCGGAAAUGAGAUCACGCCGGAUGCGAGCAUGGAGAAGGGCUACACAAGUGGCUUUAACACUCGCCCGCAUCCCUUCCCGUGCAAGAUCGAAGUUAGGAACGACGCUAUUCGGGAGACCGUGGAGCGGGAGGCAAAGGAGGCUUUAGAAGAUUUAAGGGUCUUCGAGAAUUACUAUGACUAG